UCUCGAACCAAUAUGAGCAAAUUUCAAAGAUUUGCAGAUGAGGAUGAGGAAAGAGCUGGCGCCGAUAACACCUCAAAUAUGCUUUCUAUCAAAGAUCCCUCUCCGGAUUACUCAAGAGAGAUCAGAAAUGAAAAGAUAGAUGAUAAAUUCCGUAGAAGUCCUAUUAAGACUUGGCUAAAGAUGUUAUUUCCUCAUUUUGAGCUGCUUUCUUUCUCAACUUUAUACGCUCUGAUCCUGGCGAUAGUUUUUGUACUCCAAGUUUUAGUGUGGUUUACCAGCAGAUGGACUUGUGUGAUAUACCAUAUGGGAGCAUGCUACACCCCAGCUAUUCAUAGAUGGCAGAUUCAUAGGUUGGUGUUCCCUACUCUCUUACAUUAUGACUUCCCACAUUUGGCAUGGAACAUCUUCGUCCUAGCAGCAGUAGGGAUGAACGCAGAGCAUUAUCUAGGGACAGUGGGGUAUAUCUGACUGAUUGCAGUCUCAGCCCUGCUUGGAAAUAUGUUCACUGCUGGAUUUAGAUUCGGCAUAUGAAAUCAAUCUGUAGGAGCUUCUGUAGUUAUGAUGGGAAUUAUCGCUUUUGAAUUCAUAUGGUUUGCCUUUAAUUGGAAGAAAAUGAAAAUUGCUAAGUGGCUCUAUAUUCUGUAUCUCUUUAUGAUCUUCUUAACUACGAUGAUGGGAACUUGGGGAUCUGGCUAUAUUUAUGAAACCUGGGGUCUGAUAGGAGGAUUUUUAGCAGGAGCUUGUAUAACAUGAAUUUUCUUUACAGAACUUCAGAACGUUGAUUUUGUACAGAAAUUUAAAUUUGGGUUUAUUCUUGCUUUGGGAGUGUUAUUCCUUAUUUCCUUCAUAGCUAUGCUUAUGAGAGAUACAAGGUUCUGCUACCCUAAUCUAUGAAAUCACAGAUAUUAUGAGUAUUUCAACUAAAAGAACUCACCAAAUCCCAAGAAAGAACUAUAUCAUCAAGGUUUUCCUCAAUUCUCAUCC